CAACAGUAUUUUGAUAAGUCCAAGCCGAGUCCAUCUCAAAAGCAAAAUUCCACCUGUACGUGGCUUCACUUGUUCAUUCCAGAUUAUACCUUCACAACGCGGACCUACGCGAAUUCAGAAGUGCAAAUCAAAUUGGGAUUUGAAUCGGGGCGUGAGUACCGAGUAAAGGUUUCUUUUCACAGGCAAUAUGGCUGACAAGAAGAAGGAAGUUAUUCGUCUGGAACGAGAGGCUGUCAUCAAUACUAUGAAGCCCAAACUCAUCAUGAGAUUGGCUUAUCUUAUAGAGAUGGAGUCUGACAGGGCAGAGUUUUUGAAAUUGUGCAAGCGAAUUGAGUAUACUAUUCGUGCUUGGUAUUUCCUGCAGUUUGAAGAUCUAAUGCAAUUGUAUUCUCUUUUUGAUCCUCUUCAUGGAGCAGAGAAACUUAAGCAGCAGAGAUUAGAUCCAGAGAAAGUGGACGUUCUUGAACUCAAAUUUUUGGGCCUUUUAUUUAAGGUGAUGGAGAAGAGCAAUUUCAAGAUUCUUAGUGACGAGGAGGCAGAUGUAGCGCGUUCUGGAAAGUAUCUUCUUAAUCUUCCCAUAUCAGUGAAUGAAUCUAAGAUUGAUUCCAGAUUGCUGACAAGAUUUUUCCAGGAAAAUCAUCAUGAAAACCUUCCAGAAUUUGCAAACAAGUAUAUUAUUUUCCGCCGGGGCAUUGGAAUUGAUAAGACAACUGAUUACUUUAUCAUGGAGAAGGUGGACAUGCUUAUUUCUCGAGCUUGGAAUUGGCUUCUUCGGAUAUCUAGACUUAAUAAAAUCUUCACUAGAAAGCGGAGGAGUGCAAGUAGAAGAGAAUCUACAGGAGCAGAUGGAGAAAUUGAAAAUUUGAGUGAUCAGGAAUUGUUUGUUGAGCGCAUCCGAAUUGAGAACAUGGAACUCAGCUUGCGAAAUUUAUUUAGCAAGAACACAAUUCAAGAACCAACAUUUGAACGAAUAAUUGUUGUUUACAGAAAAGCAGCACCCAAUAAAGACAAAUUGCAGCCUGAAGACCGGAGUCUUCAUAUUAAACAUUUUAAGAAUAUUCCAAUGGCAGACAUGGAGUUGGUUCUGCCAGAAAAGAAAAAUCCAAGCUUAACGCCUAUGGACUGGAUCAAGUUUCUUAUUUCGGCAGUCAUUGGUUUGGUUGCCUUGAUUAGUUCUCUUGAAAUGCCACAAGCUGAUUUUUGGGUUGUAUUUGCAAUUUUGAGUGGACUUGCUGGAUAUUGUGCAAAAAUUUAUUUCACGUUUCAACAAAACAUGGAUACAUACCAAAAUCUUAUCACUCAGUCAAUGUAUAAUAAACAGCUUGACAGUGGCAGAGGAACACUUCUCCAUCUCUGCGAUGAUGUCAUUCAGCAAGAAGUGAAGGAGGUGAUUAUAUCUUUUUACAUUUUAAUGGAGCAAGGGAAAGCUACAAUGGAGGAUCUUGAUAAUAGGUGUGAGGAACUCAUGCAGUCCGAGUUUGACGAGAGAUGUAAUUUUGAUGUGGUUGAUGCAAUAAAUAAGCUGGAGAGACUUGGAAUAGUUUCUCGGGAUUCUCUUGGAAGAGUUUAUUGUCAGUCUCUGAGGCGUGCAAAUGAAAUUAUUGGAACAACCACAGAAGAGAUGGUAGGAAAAGCAACAAAGGGUCAGUCUUAAAAUGUUUUAAUAGCGUUCAAACCCCAAGCUGUAAGACUGCAAAUGUAGAUUACUCUGUGAGGGAAGGACCCCUCAAAAAAAGCAUGAUGCUCAUGAAGAUGAAGCAAGGGAUCAUGAAAGGAGGCAUUUGCUACUAGGUUAUUUAGUAAGGUCAAUGUUUUGUUGAUUAAGCUAAAACUUUCAAAGUCUCAAAUUCAUUUCAAUGUGACGAGAAAAUGUCUUGAAAAUGUAUAUAUCUUGAUUUGUCAAAUUUGGCAUGCAUGGUAUGAGAUCUUUUAUCUACAAAAUUUACAUAGGAUAAGGUUGUAGACAUGAGGGAGCGUAAAUUUAUGU